AUCCAUAUACACGACCCGUUUCAACCGUUGGGUCGCACUUCACAUACCCGAAUUCUCACAAAAACAGUCGAAAAAAUUUCAAACGAAUCCCCAAAUCGAUUUUGUUUCCGACGAUAUAAACACAACUUGACGAACACAAAACAUCAUCUGAAAAAAAAAUGGAUGAUUACACUAGAGAAAUGAUGGACCUGAAGACGCUCGUUACUCGAACCCUAGAAAAGAAAGGCGUUCUCGCUAAGAUCCGAGCUGAACUCAGAGCGAGUGUAUUUGAGGCAAUCGAGGAAGAAGAUAAAGUGAUUGAAAAGGAUGAAGGUCUACCUCCUGCACUGUUGGGUAGCUGCAAUGAUCGUGCAAAGCAACUUCAUGCUUCCCCUUCAGGCCGGCUUCUAACUGCGUUAAUUUGUGAAUACUUGGAUUGGGCACAACUGGGCCACACGCUAAAAGUGUAUUUGCCCGAGUGUAAUCUGCAAAAGGAUGCCUGGAAAGCAGAGUUAAGGGACUUUAGUAACAAAAAUGGUUAUGAUAUAAACAGGAAUGGGGAUAGUGGCCCGUUACUGUUAGACGUGCUUGAAGGCUUCUUGAAGUUUGAGAGUCAAUCUCAAGGAAGAGGCAGUGUAGAUUCUCGAAACCGAAGGCCAUCUCCAUCUUCUGUCGUUGGUGGAUUAGCUCCUUUGGGAAGACAAGGUACCAGUUCCCAGACAUCUGACCGACGAGGAGGUUCUUCAACCUCUAGCUACAGGCAUGAUGAUUACAACUAUAGAUACGAAAGCGACGAUACUUCCGAGGAUGUUAAUCGCACGUCAAUUGCUUUGGAGAAUCUUCAGUUGGAUAGAAAGUCCCGAAAUUUCACCCCCUCAUGGCGGCAUGGUGGGGACGGUGGCAACAAAGACAACAUGUAACAUCGAUGAUACCCGCAAACGUGUAGUUUGUAGCAGACUAUGAUGUAUGUCUUUCUUAACAUAUGAGAGAGCUGUUUCAUAAAGAACAAACGUUCAUGUUCUUUGUUUUUAUGAUUUUGUAAUGUUUACUCAACUUCAGUCGACAUCUUCUUUGUCCUUCAUUUCGGGUUUGGGUAUGAUUUAGCAUAAACAAUUGUUUUGCAUGAUUUAAUAUUAUGAUUGUAAAGUUAACCGCAGUAUUUUCGAUG